AUGUAUGAGUUAAUCCGGAGUAAAGAGGAAAAUGAAAGACUAAAACAAGUUGUUAUAAACAAUAGACUUAAACAAUUGCAAUGCAAUGAAUCCGUGGUUUCUUUGGGUUAUUGUAACUCUUCAUUGACUACAAACCACUCAUUGACUAAUACAAAACAAAUUGACAAUAAUUGUUGUCAAGAAAUUGAUAUAUUGCUGGAAAACACAAUCAAUACGAGUGCCGAAGAGCUUAGGGAACAGAUCAGAGAUAUUGAAAACUCUGUGACAAACAAUAUAUUCACUGCAAGUAAUGAAGAGUCGCCGGAAUUGCCAGUAAUUCCCGUAUUCCGGGAACUCAUCGAUUAUAAGGGUUUGAAUCAAUUAGAGUGCAAUCGGAUGCAGGAAUUGAUGACAACGUCCAAUAAAUUUGUGACCGAUUUAAUCAGUUUUGCACAACAUUUGAUGACAUUCAACAAUAUCUGUCCCAACGAUCGCUUGGCUUUAGUUAAAUACGGCGGCAAAGACUUGAUAUCAGUUCAGAUUGAUUUGUGUAUGUUUGAACAGACACAUUAUAACUCGUUGAAAUAUUACUAUGGACAAUUUCUACUGGUGUGGGAUUACAGCGACCCAAUUAUUAUAAACCUGGGUUGGGCAUAUGUGACUAGAAGUUGA